AUGGCAAGCGCCGAGGUUGGACAAUUUCCAGAGCCGGUAACUACCAUCCCUUGUUGGGCUCCGUGGUGGGCGAUGCCGCCAGUCCUGAAUCACCAUCAAUGUCAUAUGGGCUCUUCUUCUAACGUCACUGUAGCAUCAUCCAAUUCUCGUUUCAUGAUCAUUAGCACUCAAAACACCUUUCAUAGAGUUUCUCCUUUUCUGAUAAACAAAUUAAUCCAGUCUACAAUUGGUGAAGUACAGAAUAUUAAAAAACUACGCUCUGGUGACCUUCUGUUGCAGACGUCGGAAAAACAAGCUGUUCUUAUUGGCAAACUUACCAAAUUGGGAGAUUUCCCUAUUCAAACAGCUUUGCAUAAAACUUUAAAUUUUUCACGUGGGGUUAUUUCUGAGCCAGAUCUCAUCGACUUGUCUGAUGAAGAUCUCGUCACAGAAUUUUCUGAUCAGAAAGUAUGUGCCGCGCGUCGUAUUAACGUCCGACGUGACGGUCAACUUAUACCAACAAAGCACAUUGUCUUAACUUUUCAAACGCCAGUUCUUCCAAAAUCAAUUAAAGCAGGAUACCAAAUUUGUAGAGUUCGGCCAUACAUACCUAACCCUCUUAGGUGUUUUAAAUGUCAAAGGUACGGCCAUUCCCAACAAGCAUGUCGCAGUAAAACCACCAUGUGUGCGAAAUGUGCUGAACCUGGACAUGACAUAAACAAUUGCAUUUCAGACACCAUGAAAUGUGUCAAUUGCUCUGGGCCUCAUACCUCUUUCUCAAAGUCUUGCCCUAAAUGGACUCUAGAGAAGGAAGUAAUAUCCACGAAAAUACGGAAAAACAUAUCCUUUGCAGAAGCGAGAAAAUUGAUAAAUGACAGAACUCCAAAAGUUGGUGUCUCUUUUUCUGGUGCCCUUAAAGCAACACUAAUUUGUAGUAGUGCUCAAACCGAUUCUCGCAUUACUCAGUUACCACCCACUAGUUCAAUUUCAAAUGAAACUACAAAAUUGCCAGAGGUGUCCUCUGUUUCUUCGCUGUCAUCCAAUUGCCCUGCAAUGGAUAAAAUCACCAAACGCAAUCGUAAUAAUAAAACAAAAAUUUCCACGUCAUCAUCUCAUAAAUUUUGGCAAGUACACUCAAAGCAAAGAACGAAAAAGAAAGCGCUAAUGAAUCGACAUCCUGUAGCAGAGGAUUUCUUAAAAACUUAUACAUCAUCUUCUGAAUUCUCCGAUAUGGAGUUAGACCCAUCUACUAUCUCUAAAAACCAAUCAGGUGGGGAAAAAAAGAAAAAACCUCCAGAUAAAUCCCAAUCUUGA